CUCCCGUUACUUCCCACGUCCCCAGUCCACUCCACUCCGGUGGGAAAAGAAAAGGAAAGGAAAUGGUGAAGCGGAGAAGGAUAGAGUCACCCGCCGUAGCUCUAGCUUCCCUCCACUCUCUCCCCACGCCUUUGUGCAGCCUGCAACCAUUGUAAAGUUUGAGCAUCGUGCUGCAUCAUUCCGUUUCGGACGUUCGCCGUGUGAUCUGCGUCGGAUCGUUCGCCUCACCUGCUUUGGGAAUGGAGGUCUACGUCCUGUUCGCGCGCGGCAAGGAGACGAAGGAGGUGAUCAGCUGCGAGGAGCAGGAGGAGGACAUUGGCUGCGCUUCCGAGUCGUCCGCGGCGGGUUACACGUCGUCGUCGGAUGAGGUGGAGCUCGCCGACGACGCCAGCUCGUCGGGGUCGACAGGCCACUUCGAGAUGGCCUCCCUCAUGACGCAGCUCCCGAUCAAGAGGGGUCUGUCCAAGUUCUUCGACGGCAAGUCGCAGUCGUUCGCGUCGCUAGCGGCGGUGGGCGGCCUCGAGGACCUGCCGAAGCCGCCGACAAAGCGGCUCAAGACGUCGCGGAGCUGCGUGGUCGGUCUGAAGGACGCGCGCCGCGGGCGCCUCUCCGCGGCCGGCAAGAAGGCGUCCAGGGCGCGGCUGUCGUCGUCGGCGCUCGGCUCGGCGCCAAGGAGACUGAUACGAACGCGGCCUCUCGUGACGGCGAGUUCGGCAAGGCCGGAGGCGGUGGCCGGACAGCCCCUGUUAUUUGCUUAGGGGAUUCGCCGGCCUAAUCGUGAAGUCACUGCGUGAUACGGUUGUUAGUUAGUAUGGAUCUUGAAAAUGAAAUUUGCCGAUGGAGGCAACGAGACAUGUGUGGAUGCCUUGCAUCUGUAAAUAUUUUGCAAGAGAGCUAGCACGUUAUCCUGGCGGUUUCGUCGGAAUUUGAUCCGGCAAAUAGCAAAUUCGUCUUUCCAGAA